AUGGCCAGCGCAAAGCCAUUGACAAUGUUGGCACGCAGCCGCCCAGCCGCGAUGUUGCUCCGGUCACCACACUUCGCGUCAGGACGCCUGCCCUCGCCCGCCACCGUCGCCUUCUUCUCUACGACUCUUUCCCGCGCCGCCACCCCAGCAGGACCGCCUCCGCCAGGCUUCCGGUUACCGCAGCCGAAGAAGUGGGACGAGGGAGAAAAUGCAUUGGACCAGGCGGGCAAGUACUUCUUGCUCAUGGAGAUGUUCCGGGGCAUGUAUGUGUCGCUGGAGCAGUUCUUCCGACCACCAUACACAAUCUUCUACCCCUUCGAGAAGGGUCCAAUCUCACCCCGCUUCCGAGGCGAACACGCUCUUCGGCGGUACCCCACGGGUGAGGAGCGCUGCAUUGCUUGCAAGCUCUGCGAGGCCAUUUGCCCUGCCCAAGCCAUCACAAUCGAAGCUGAAGAGCGCAUGGACGGCAGCAGGAGGACCACACGCUACGACAUUGACAUGACAAAGUGCAUCUACUGCGGUCUCUGCCAGGAGAGCUGCCCUGUCGAUGCGAUUGUUGAGGGACCCAAUGCUGAGUAUGCGACCGAGACACGAGAGGAGUUGCUGUACAACAAGGAGAAGUUGCUAGCGAACGGAGACAAGUGGGAGCCGGAGAUUGCGGCGGCAGCUCGUGCGGACGCACCAUACAGAUGAUGGGGGUUGUGAAGCGGAGCAACUGUAUAUACAGAGACAGUGGUUAAAUGUCACAGACCAAGUCAUAUUUCUUUUGUAGAUGCAUCAGUAGUUGAGGUCGCGCUAAUGUAGGCAACGUCUACUUGUGACUAAUUCAAUCUGCCGUUCAAUUGCUACAUACUGUAUCUCACUAGAACCUAUGACCAAACACCCAGCAUAGCUCAUUUUAGCUGAGACUACCAAGUCGAGCAUAUCUAUUAUCAAGUACCAGACCAGCAACUCUUCACACUAUGAUAUGUAUCCAGUCAUUACUUCGCAAAUAGACAUGUCAAUAUUCAACGUCACAUAUACUCCUAACGCUCAUACGAUGCCAGCCAUGAUAUGGUAUCAAACGCCAAAUGCCCUCCUAGCUAGUACACAUGUCGCUGUCCUUUUGAUAUUUCGUCUUCUUCCCAUUUUAUUUGGACUUGAAGGUGCCUUCAAACCCAGGUCGCUUGACCUUCUUACCAGGCUUCUUAACCGCCUUCUUCUUGCCCUUUUGACCCUUGUCCUCUUUCCUCUUCCUGAGAUUCUC